AUGAGAUCUCUUCAGCUCUUUUGUGUCGCCUUCUGGGUGGCCAGCACUACUGCCUUUACCACCACACCACAGUCCCAAUUUCACAUUGCGUCGUCGGCUCUGUCCAUGGCCAAGUUGCCCACCUAUGACAAAAAGAUAGAACGUUGGAGUCCUGCCAGUGAGGAGGAAAGUGCUGCCAAUGCCUACGAUGCCAUUGGCACGCUGCUUCGUCAAGGUCCCAAGGCCUACUUUACGCGCGUGUCCGAUGCCGAUCUAUACGACCAAGCUUGUCUGAAAUUCAUGGCCCAGGAAAAAUGCAGUUAUCAAAUGGCCCAGGGAAAUCUGGACCGCAUGAAUGAGAAUAUGCAAGAUUGGAUGUUUGAGCGUAUGGAAGCUGAAAAGAAAGGACGGAAGAUUGACUAUGUCAAGCUGGACAUGAAAGAUGUGACCUUGACCGUUGUGUGGGGCGGCUUUAUUACUCUGGUGCUGGGCAGGGUUCUGUUUUUGUAUUUUACUGGAGGCUACGACAUUUGA